AUGGAGUGGCAAGUACUCCUAGAGAUAAUCUUAGUCCACAAUCGUGAUGAUUGGAGACAAGUUUCACUCGUCUGUAAAGAGUGGCUUCUUGCCGAAUCCGAGACUAUGAGUUGUAUGAGUGUUCUCUCUUAUGCUGUAGAACCAAGGAUAUUGAGUCGCCGGUGCCCUAAUGUCAAGGUUCUGAAGAUCAAAGGAGACAACAAAGUGAAGUUGGGAAGCAAGGCUACUCCUUGGAUUCAAGAAAUAACUAAUCUUGGAGCCCUCAAGUCCCUAGAGUUCAGUGAGAUGGAGGUUAGCGAUAAUGAUCUACAUAUCUUGGCAACAUCAAAAUUGGGAAAGUUAGAGGCUUUGGAGCUCUAUGGGUGUUAUGGAUUUUCUACAGAUGGCCUUUUGUCAAUUGCAAAACACUGCAAGAACUUAGAGAAGUUAGUGUUAGAUGCUAGUAGUCUUCUUGUGAAAGAUGGAGAGUGGCUACAUCAGAUAUCUGUUCACAAUCACUCUCUGAAAGUGUUGAACUUUCAUCUCAUUCCAAACAUUCAAUUCAACACUCAAGACUUAGAAGCUGUGGCUAAGAACUGCCCUCUAAACUCUCUCAAGAUUGGCCUUGUUGAUAUGCUAGAGCUCAAUGGGUUUUUUACAGCUGCUCACAAGCUUCAACAAUUCUUUGGUGGCAGUUUUAGUACAGAUGUGAAUAGAUCUCAAGAUAUGUAUAGGUUUAUCAAGCUCCCUUCAACAUUAUGUGGCCUUGGUAACUUCUACAUGAAACCAUGUGACAUGGCUCUGCUCUCUCCAUUUGCUGACAGAAUUCAGUAUCUUGAUUUGCGAUUUGCAUUGCUGGGAUUAAAUGAUCAAUGCCAUUUGCUGCAAACGACUCCCAAUUUGGAAGUUCUGGAGUUGUUCACAGACAUUCAAGAUCAGGUGCUCAGAGUUAUUGCAAAGUCAUGUAAGAAGUUGAAACAAUUGCGGAUCUUACUAGGUCCAGACAUGAAAAUAAGUAGACGUUUCACCCAGAAAGGAUUGAUCAGUAUAUCACAAGGCUGCCACGAACUAGAAUGCAUUGAAGUGUACAUCUUGACGAUUAAGAAUGAAGCUCUACAAAUCAUGGGUGAGAACUUGAAAAACCUCAGUGAGUUCCGUUUGACAUUAACCUCAUAUAAAAAGGAAGACAAGGCAUUACCCCUAGACCACGGAGUGAGAGCACUGUUAAUGGGAUGUACGAAGAUGAGGAAGUUUAAGCUCUAUCUCAGAGAAGGAGAUCUAACUGAUGUAGGACGAAAUAUGUCGGUCAGUACAGUAAAAAUGUGA